GUCAAUUUAUUUGUUGUUUAAAAGUAGGUCAAGGAGCGCCCUCUAGUGUUUAACUGAGUUCUCCCACAGGAUCAAAUCAAAGUGACGUGAAUAUUUUUGUCACAUAACACCGCAGGCCCGCGAAGGACACACACACUUUCCGGGUGUUUAAAAUUAGAUGUGUGUCACCUAUCCACGCAGGUCGCUAGUUGUCCCUCGAAGAACAGCGAAACCCAGCCGGAGGGUCGAGUUCAGAGUUCAGGCUAAACAACCAGAGAAAUGGUGGUCUCGGUGAAAAACGACACCCGGCUGACCAGUUCUCAGAGCUUCCUCUGCGCUGGUUUCGCUGGUUUGUUCAGCAAAACCGUCACGUCUCCUCUGGAAGUGGUGAAGAUUAAACGUCAGGUGGGAACUUUUCACGGCAAAGGCGGUUUCCUGCAAACUUUUAUCGUCAUCUACCAGAAUGAGGGACUUCGAGGAUUUUGGAAAGGGAACAUGGUCUCCUGUCUCCGGCUGUUUCCAUAUACAGCAGUUCAUCUAACCACAUACAAGAAGAUCGUCCACCUUCACAUGGAUGAGCUGGGCUUCAUCUCCCAGUGGAGGGCCAUAUUAGCUGGCGGACUGGCUGGCGUCGCUGCUGCCCUGCUCACGUAUCCUCUGGAGGUGGCGGAGACCCGACUGAUCGUCCAGAACUGCAGACAGCGGACCUACAUCGGCGCAGCUCACACCAUCUCAAAGAUCUACAGGAACGAAGGCCUGCCUGCUCUCUACAGAGGAUUCUCCCUCACCGUUCUGGGUGCGGUUCCCUUUUCAGUCGGAUGCUACGUGGUUUACAUGAAUUUGGACAAGCUGUGGCAGGAGCCGUCGUUUCGCUUCACUCCUCUGCAGAACUUCAUUAACGGCUGCAUUGCAGCGGGAGUCGCUCAAACGCUCUCAUACCCCUUUGAAACCGUUAAACGGAAAAUGCAGGUGGGUAACAAGCAGCUUAACAAAUUUAAUUUGGUCUGUUUUUCCUCCAUUUUGUGUUAUUUUUAUAAAUUUGUUAAUGAAUAAUAUAAAUGACAAAUUCACAAAAUGAACCCUGCGAACAGGAAUGAUAGUUCCUGAGAAAAAUGUGUCUUCAGUGGGUUAAAGGAGAAGAAAGUUGUAUAAAUUCACAUAUGAAAAGGAAAACAUAAAACUCUGAUAUUGUUUUCAGUUUUCUGGAAACUGUGAUUUUGAUUAUUUGGAUCCACCUUUGAAAUUGCACAAUAUCAGAGUAAAUAAAAUAUUAAAUGUUAUGUUUUGUCA